AUGAAGCUCAACGCGGCCACCACGCUUCCCUUCCUGGCCUCUUCCCUCCUGGUUCGGCAAGCCUCAGCCGCACUUGACGUCGACUUGACCUCUUCCGACUCCAUCAAGCAGGCUGCCAAGCUCGUGGCGGCGAAUCUGUUCACGUACUACAAGGGCAACCAGUAUGGCCAGACACCCGGCAUCCUUCCCGGCCCGCCGCCCUUUGGGGCCUACUACUGGUGGGAAGCCGGCGCCCUUUGGGGCACCUACAUCGACUACUGGCACUAUACCGAGGACGACACGUACAGCAAUGUGAGCAUGAACUCGUUGUUGUUUCAGGCCGGUGCACCCGGCAACAGCUUCCAGCCGGCCAAUGUCACCAUGUCCCUCGGCAACGACGACCAGGGAUUCUGGGGCAUGUCGGCCAUUCUGGCGGCCGAGACCGUCUUCCAAAACCCACCUUCGAGCAAACCGCAGUGGCUGGCCCUGGCCCAGGCCGUCUUCAACACGCAGGCCGCUCCCGACCGCCACGACGGCACGUGUGGCGGCGGCCUACGCUGGCAGAUUCCCUUUGCCAACACUGGCUACGACUACAAAAACUCCAUCGCCAACGGCAUCUUCUUCAACCUUGGUGCCCGUCUGGCGCGCUACACUGGCAACGAUUCAUAUGCGCAGACGGCCACUGAGACCUGGGACUGGGUGCAGGGUGUCGGCCUAAUGUCGGCCGAGUACGACAUCUACGACGGCGGACACGUCGAGAAGAACUGCACCGACAUCUCCAAGGCGCAGUUUAGCUACAAUGCCGCCGUCUUCCUGGAGGGAGCGGCCUUUAUGUACAACUAUACAAAUGGCUCCGAUAUCUGGCGCGAACGCGUCGAGGGUCUCGUUAAUCGCACGCUCGAUAUCUUCUUUCCCAACGGCAUUGCCGUCGAGCUCAGCUGCGAGCUGGCUGAACGGGUGCAGUGCAACACCGACAUGCUCUCGUUCAAAGGCUUUCUCCACCGCUGGCUAGCCACGGCCACGAAGAUGGCACCCUUCACCCACGACACAAUCAUGGCGGUCUUGCGCACCAGUGCAGCCGGAGCCGCCCAGGCCUGCGACAGCUCGGGUGUGUGCGGCUUCCGCUGGACCACCGGCUCCUUCGACAACCUCACUGGUGCCGGCCAGCAAAUGAGCGCCUUGGCAGCACUCUCUACCCUCCUCAUUAACGAGCCUUGGGCCAUUGCGCCGGCCACCAACAGCUCCGGUGGCACCAGCCAGGGCAACAGUGCGGCCGGUACCUCCUCGCCAACUAUUGAGACCUACAGGCCUCUCACUACCGGCGACCGUGCCGGCGCCAGCAUCCUCACCAUCGUCAUCCUCGCCAGCCUCGUCGCCCUCUACUUCUGGCUCUCGACUGACCUGUCGGAGAACAGUGGCAACUGGUGGCUGGAGCUUGAGUCGACUCCGCUGGGUGCGAUGCUGCUGCGGACAAAGCCAAAGCAGGACUUGACGAAACAACUAUCGGUAGCUUCAGCCACCUCGGCCUCGACAUCCGCGGCUUGA